AUGGAUUCGAGCUGGAUGGAUGGGGAAGUGGGUGAGAUUGGAUUGGCCGGUUUGGAUGGAGAUUGGAGGGGUUCGGAAGUUGUGAGUAAUUGGGAGAAAGCUCCGAGACUGCCGGUUCCGGAGAAACAUCCGUGCUCCAGUCUUACUUCUUCAGUUACACCAGGGCACCAAGUUGACGGGCCAGGACUGUUUGCUCAUCUGAUUACAUUCCUCUCCGUCCUUCUCAUCCUUGCAACCCUUCCUCUCUCUCUUCUCUUUGCUGUGAAAGUUGUUCAGGAGUAUGAACGAGCAGUAAUAUUCCGCCUGGGAAGGUUAUUGAAGGGUGGAGCCCGAGGUCCGGGUAUUUUCUUCAUCAUCCCCUGUGUAGACAGUUAUACCAAGGUUGAUAUGAGAGUUCUUACAUUUGAUGUUCCACCCCAAGAGAUUCUAACUAAAGAUUCUGUAACUGUACACGUGGAUGCAAUUAUGUACUACAAGGUGAACAACGCAACAUCCUGUAUAGCUAAUGUAGAUGAUUACGGACAAUCUACCAGACUACUUGCUGCUACUACACUCCGGAAUGUUCUGGGAACUAAGAGUUUGGGAGAUAUUCUAUCUGAACGAGAAUCUAUCGCCCAGGAUAUGCAGAUCUCUCUUGACGAGGCAACCGAUCCCUGGGGAGUCAAGGUGGAGAGAGUCGAAGUAAAGGAUGUGAGGCUACCCCAACAACUACAACGAGCUAUGGCAGCAGAAGCAGAAGCAGCUCGUGAGGCUAGAGCUAAGGUUAUAGCAGCUGAGGGUGAACACAAGGCAAGCCGGGCACUAAGACACGCAGCUGAAGUUAUAUGUGAAUCCCCAGCUGCACUUCAGCUUCGGUAUCUGCAAACUCUAAACAAUAUUUCUGCUGAGAAGAACAGUACAAUUGUAUUCCCAGUGCCUGUAGACAUAUUGUCCUCAUUAGUCAGCUCUUUCAGGAAAUCAUGAUUUUUGUAAACAAUAACCUUUAUAUUUUAAAAAAUUCAUUUUUUAUUCAUUGAAACCUCACUCAUAUAAUUUCUAU